AUGGCAGCUGAUCAGAGAAGAAAACGUAUGAACAGUGCCAAUGUUAUUGGUUUUAGUUCUCGGGAGCAUUACAGAGCCAAAAGGAAAAAGAUUUCUUCACCAGAUGCUGCUUUGCGUUCGGGUGAUCACAUAAGUCUUGAAUGGGACCGUAACCGAAGCAAAGUAGUCUCUAAGAGGGAACAAGUUGGUUUAAGUUUUAGGCAUCUUCGCCAAUUUGUUGAUUUUGUUCCUUCAAAGCGGAAUGUAUUGGCACAAGUAUGCCCCGUCCCGCGUGAAACUUUCCAGUUGGAAAAUCUGUCAGAGGUGCUUUCUAAUGAGGUUUGGAGGUCUUGUCUAUCUGAAAGCGAAAGAAAUUAUCUGCGACAAUUUCUCCCCGAGGGAGUUGAUGUGGAGGAAGUUAUACAAGCAUUGCUUGAUGGGGAGAAUUUUCACUUUGGAAAUCCUGUUCUUGAUUGGGGAACAGCUGUCUGCUCCGGCAGAGUUCAUCCAGAUCAAAUUGAGUCUCGGGAGGAAUGUCGGAGGGGUGGUAAAAGGAGAUAUUAUUCGGAUUUAGAGAAAUACCAUUACGAUGUUAUAGAUUAUUUGCAGAUAUUGAAGGAGAAAUGGGAAAGUUGCAAAGAUCCAGAGAAGGAUGCUGUUAAGAGGAUGUGGGGAAGAUCAAGAAGGGGCAGUGCACAUGUAAAUGGUAGCGGCCAGGAUCUAACCGCUGCCUCGGAGUCUAGUUCCUGGAAUGCAGAUGAUAGACCAUGCAGUAGUGAUAAUAAGAUUUCUUCGGUUGUAAUGACUGAAGAGGUUCGGAGAAGGCCUAAGAGCUCUGCUGUACGGAAAGAAAAGUCUCAAAGUCCCUUGAUUGCUUUAGAUAAUGUUGUAAAUGUGGGUGUGAAAGAGAAAAUAAAAGACAAGCUACCGAAACAUAGCAUUCAGCAAACUGAUGGUGCUAAAUACAUGUCCUACCUUAAGAUAAGCAAGAAGCAGCAUCAGAUUGUCACAAGCAUGAAGCAGUCUGGUAAAAGCAUUCAGUCAAGAGCACUUAAUCGAAUCUUGGGUAACAUCAACAAUUUGGAUGUUCAACCAUACGGAGUGUUUGUGGAAGAAGAACAGAAGAAACUGAACGCUCACUGGCUGCAACUGGUUAAAGAUCUUCCUGCAGCAUAUGCAAUCUGGAAAAAGCUACAGUUACAGAAACGAGAUAUAAUCAACUCUUUGGAAAGAGAACUCAAGGACAAACUCAAUCCAUGGGUGGAGGAUAAACAACAACUGCACCCUGCAGAAAAUCCUCUGCAGAAGGACGCUGUUAUAUUAGACCUGAGGAAUAACGAUCGAGAAAGUUUGAAUCCAAGUCAGAGUGGUGAUUUAGCACCGGAUGUUGCAGAUUCUGGAAGUUUUGGUCAAGUUUCUGCCAAGAAUCAAUCCCUUUCAAAGGAUUCUCCGUCUUAUGGUGACCAAAUCACAGAUUCAGGUCGCAGCUUGCAAGUUGGUACAUACCCCUCACAGGUCUCGUCGCCUGAUUGUGACAAUAGUAUCAGUCUGGAGCAUAUAGAAGAUAAACAAUAUUCUUCUCCCAGCCGGUGUCAGGGCCUUGAUCAAAAGGAUGUUGAAGCAAGUGAAUAUUCCAGCUCCUUACAAGGACAGUCUCUCCCACAGGCUUCAUUUCCUAGUGAUCCCCACGCUUCAGAUCUCGAAGAUACAAAUCCUGUAGGCAAGCACUCUGUACAAGAACUAGAGAAUGCUUCAUCAGACGAGAGGAUUCCUUGUAUUACUUCAGUCCAUGGAGAAGAGUCACAGUUUUGUUCUGGUGGAGAUGUGUGGCAGCCAGUGGGAGGAAUUAGGCAGUCCUACAUUGGCCGCCAAGCUUACACCCCCAGUGGUGGAUUGUCAAUCAUACACCAUCCUGAAGGUGAUGCAGUAGGGAAAAACUGUUUCAUAGACCUAGAAUCAGACAUGCCUGAAGAAGUUGAUAGGAGGAAGAUGUUGCAGCAGAAAGCAAACAACAGUUUUGGUUCUUUCCCUAACACCAAUCAAAAUGAACUACUCCAGUCUUUGUUUAAAGGCCAAGGCGUGGCAUCUUUCCCCACCGAGCAGCUUCACUCUCUUAAACUUCCGCUUAACGAGGAGCAUAAACAAAUUAUGGGCAUUGGUUUUCAGCAGCAAGGAAGCAACAAUCUGAUGGACGGCAGUCAAUUUUCUGGUCAGUUCCAGAGUCAGAUGAUUGCACCGCAAGCACUGUCCCAGGACCAACAUAGACAGGUUGACAUUUAUGGCCAAGGAAGCAUGUCAAACAAUAUUUACUGCGAUGGACGUGGAUUCUUGACGCAGCGGCCCGACUGGAACACCAGUGUUGCUCAGAUUGGAGUCACCACACAGCCCUUGUUGAACACUGUCCCUUUGUUAACUCAGAACUGGCAGUUUAAGAACAUGUGGGCAAACACGAACGGUGUUGGCUGUCCAACCCAAGGCAGUCAAACCUUGGCUGAGAGAGAUCAGAGCCUUCUCAGAGUUGCUACUAACGCGGAGCAACUCAUACAUAGGGGAAGUAGUUCAGAUCAAAGCUUAUUCUCUGUUCUCUCCCAGUGCAGUCAAUUGCGCCGACCCGGAACUGCUUUCGAGGCAGAAGGUUCGAGUAACCAAGUGGUUGCAUCUGGUAACUAUGGAAUGCUGAUGGGGGGAGCCACAACUCAGGUAGGAAGCAAUUUGGCUCAGCCUGCGAACCCGCUUGCUUACUUGAGCGGUAGCAACCCGGCAACAUCUUUGAUGCCAGACGACGUAGUGUGGAUGAACCAGACCCGCCAGAACUCUGGUCUCCAUGACCCACUAGGCAAGCUGUAUCCAAGGUCAUGGAAUCCAUAA